AUGAGUAUUUGGUGGAUAUUUUUAAUUCUUACUGCUAAAACUAUUGCUGAAAAAUCAAUAUCUGAAUUAUCAAACAAUGUUGGUAACUUUCAGGUGAACUCUACAAAAGUACAUUUUGGAAGCAAAAAAGUUAAUAAUCUCUAUAUCUAUGAAACUGUUGAAAAACAGAAAGUGAAUUGUACUUGGCCUUAUGUUUUAACACCAUCUGGAAAUUGUGUCAACGUGUUAAUUGAUCGAAACAAUUGUGGUAAAGUUGGUAACAAAUGUGCUGCUAGUUAUAUUAGCUGCUCUGGUGGUAACUGUAGUAUAGCACCUGCUGUUCAACUAAAUGAACCAAAGAUCGUUUGGCUAGGUGCUUUAAAUGGGUUAGCAGUACUUAAAUAUAUUAAUGUUACUCUACCGUUGAAUAUCACGCUAUACAAUACGACAACAAAUCAUAUUACUGUAACAACAAGCGGAGUUUUUUGUGUUGGACUAUGUUCGAAGAAGUUCGAAUUUCCAUCUCAAAGUAAAAGUGAAUUCAUCUAUGCAUUAGCUUAUGUAGCAUGGAGCCCCUUAUAUAAGAAUAAUGAAAGAUCUGCAAAAAUUUCUUAUAAUAUUUAUGGUAAUACUCCAAGUCGAACUGUUGCCUUUGAAUUCAAUGAAACUAUUUAUGAAAAACAAGACAAAAAACAAUAUCUUCACUUUCAAGUGUUAUUCUUCGAAGCUCAACCUAAUAUUAUUCAGUUCAUCUAUCUAGAUGUGUCUAGUAGUGGCAAAUCUGGUCCAAUUGGUGUACUAAGUAUGGAUGAACGACCAAUGCUUCGGUAUUCUCCUGAACAACCCUUUUUUAUGCUGCAAGAUGUGUCUAUCACAUUCGAUACCAAUAAUAAUACAUACACUGCCGUCCACUUUUGUGGAUCAAAAACAUGUACAAUGAAUGAAGCAUGUAUACAAGAGAUGUGUGUCGAACGAGGUAAUUUGAGUUUCGUUGCUCGAUGGUCUCGUCGAAAUGGUCGAGGUCAUCUUAUUAUUCGAACACCACUCAAUAAUACUAUUUAUUAUGGUAAACCUCGCACCAAUUCUUCUUCUGAUGAAGGUCGACAUGCAUUAGUGGAUGAUGGUAAUCAGGUUGACCAUAUUUAUUGGCCAUUGAAUAGCAUACCACCAAUAGGAACUUAUAAGAUUUUAUGUUUCGACAAAUGUACGGGUUAUGAACCUAUGGAAGCUCUACCAUCUUAUCAUUUCAAUAGCCCAACAGCUCUUCCAUACUGGGACGAGUUAGUCAUCAGUGACGGAACAUCUGAAGGAAUCUAUUAUUUUAUUAACGGUAAUACGUCUAAUCGAACGGUUAUUUUUGAAUACUAUUUGACACAUGAUACACAACCAAACGAAUACUGCCAUUUUCAAGUCUUAUUCUUUGAAGCUAAACCAAAUAUUGUUCAAUAUAUCUAUCUCGAUGUAACUAAUGGUGGAAAAACAGCUACGGUUGGUAUACAAGGUUCUAGCAGUGGCCCAUUUAUGCAAUAUUCUUUUCAACAACCAUUUUCGAUUCUACCAAACAUGUCUAUUACAUUUGAUACCAACAAUAAUACAUACACUGCAGUUUUCUUAUGUGGUUCAAAAACAUGUACAAUGGAUGAAGUUUGUAUACAAGAUAUGUGUGUUAAACGAGGUAGUUUGAGUUUCGUUGCUCGAUGGUCUCGUCGUAAAGGUCGAGGUCAUCUUAUUAUUCGAACACCGCUUAAUAAUACUAUCUAUUAUGGUAAACCUCAUACCAAUUCAUCUAUUUAUGAAGGUCGACAUCAACGAGUUGGUGAUGGUAGUCAAGUAGAUCGUAUUUAUUGGCCAUUGAAGAGCAUAGCACCGAAAGGAUCUUACAAGAUUUGUUUUAGUACUGGUAGUUUAUUAAAUGGUACUGAUAAAUCACCAGUGACAGUAACAAUUGAGAUACAACGCUUUGGACUAACGAUGAAAACCUUGACUCAUACUUUUAACAGGUCAACAAGGAAUUUAGAUGAAUGUAUAAAUACAAGUGAUGCAUUUGUUGGUUUUAGUGAGAUAAGAUGGUCAAUGAUUGAUACGAUGAAAACUACUCGAAUAAAACAUACAGCGUCCAGACUAUUAAAUGGCAAAGUAUUAGUGGUUGGUGGAACUAAACCAUAUAAUCUAUUUAAUACUGUUGAGUUAUACGAUCCAUUGCCAGGAAAAUGGACAAGAGCUGCUUAUAUGAGUACUCCUCGAAGUUAUCAUACAGCAUCUGUUUUAUUAGAUGGAAAAGUAUUAGUAGUUGGUGGAAAAAGCCAUAUUGCGCUGAAUACUGCUGAAUUAUACGAUCCAUUGUCAGGAAAAUGGACAAAUGUUGGUAGUAUGAGUACUUUUCGAACGCAUCAUACAGCAUCUGUAUUAUUAGAUGGCAAAGUAUUGGUGGUUGGUGGAGAUGACGGAGAUGAUAUACUGAAUACUGCUGAGUUAUUCGAUCCAGUAUCAAAAGAAUGGUCUAAUGUUGGUAAUAUGACCGAUGCUCGAAAGGACCAUACUGCAUCUGUAUUAUCAGAUAGAAAAAUAUUAAUAGUUGGUGGUUCCUAUAAUUAUUUUUCUAAAAAUACUGCUGAAUUAUAUGAUCCAUUGUCAGGAAAAUGGACAAAUGUUGCUAAUAUGACAACUGCUCGAAAAUCUCAUACAGCAUCUGUAUUAUUAGAUGGAAAAGUAUUGGUAGUUGGUGGAUAUGAUGGAGAUCAUGUAUUGAACACUGCUGAGUUAUACGAUCCAUUAUCAAGAAAGUGGACAAAUGUUGGUAAUAUGAUCGGUGCUCGAAAGGGUCAUACUGCAUCUUUAUUACCAGAUGGAAAAGUAUUAGUGAUCGGUGGAGAUACUGAAAGUUCUACACUGAAUACUGCUGAGUUGUAUGAUCCAUCAACAAGAAGUUGGAUACUUACUGAAAGCAUGACUUAUCCACGCGAGUCGCAUGUCUCAGUAGAAUUAUUAGAUGGAAAAGUAUUAGUCACUGGUGGUUUAUAUUAUUAUAAUAGACCUUUGGAUAAUGGUGAAUUGUACGAUCCAUAA